AUUUGGACUUCAGUUUAAGCAUUAAUUUUCACCAAAAUAAAAGCCAAUUGGCGUUUCGUUGCGUGUGUUUCAGUCCAUAACAUUUAACAUUGCAUUCAAUAAUAAUAAUAAGACAUUGAAUUUGAUACUCGUAUGGAUGGAAGAAGUGGUGGAAAAGGGAGAGAGAGAUAGAGAGCAGAGCACCUGCUUCUCGUGCUUCUCGUCGUGAAUUAGACAAUAUUAUCCAAUAUUAUCUUCGAGUAAACUAAUCGUGACUUUCUUUUUCUCAAAUGAAAAAAUGCAUUCGCUUUACAAUAAGUGGCAAAAAAGUGCACAACUUUUAAAGGCGUCAAUUGUCUAACAUAUAUAUACAGAAUAUAAUAUCACAAACAGUUUGUUUCAAACAGUGAUUUUUGGUUCACAUCUCAUAUAAUAAUAAUGUCUUUGAAAGCGAUUGAACGCAAGAGGAAUGGUCUAAAUGUCGUCAACUGUUUCUUCUAUUCGGCCCUGGCGUGUAUUGUGCCGUAUCUAAGCUCUCAUAUGCGUGAGAUCGGCAUAACGAAGAUCCAGUCGGCAUGGAUUACAUCGAUUGUGGCGCUCAUAAGUAUGAUCGGGCCCUUGUGUUUGGGACCCAUCGCUUACAAGUAUAACAAAUACAAGACAAUACUCGUCUUAUGUCUACUCAUAUCAUUCACGGCAUAUACGGCACUACUCUUCGUGCCGAAAGUCAUUAUAACGGAAAGGCAGCCCAAAAUAUACUUUGACUGUUCGGACAAUAUCUUGCGUAUAGAGCAGUGUCCCAAUUGGGAGGGCCAGUGCCACACUUAUGCCAAGAGACCGGCCACUAAUUUUUCUAACUUUCAACUCACCGGUUGUACCUAUGAGUGCCCAUACAGUGGAACCGUUGCUUCUCCCGGCACUCCUAUCACUGCCUGCUUCCAGAGCACCAACGAAAUGGGCAGUGUUUGCAAAGAGGUGAACCCUAAAGACGGACUCAUGUCCGAAGUACGGGCGUCGCGAAGAGCUGAAAUGACUUUUAGAGAUAAUUACUCGGAAACUGAGUCCUCGUCGAUGGAUGGGUCGGAUGUGGUGGACACCAAACCGAUGACCGAAUACGUCCAGUUUGACGCCCGGUUUGACAGAUGGCCGGUCAUCGAUACUCCCACUGACGAUAUAGUGAGCCGAGUGUUUGCCGGUCAGCUCACGUGUACAUACAAACCGGCGCCACCGCUGCUCUUCAACCAGAAACUCUUCGACACCAUUAGUUGCAAGCCUUAUGUCCACAACUGCAACGUCUAUUGUCACGUGAAUCUAAGACACCGAACAAAGUCAUCGCGAGCUAAAGACUCGUCACUCAGACCUCCGACUCCGUGUCUCAUUGAGACGGGAGAUCCGAAACAAACGUUUUACUCAUAUCUGCUCAUCAGAUCUUUGGCCGACUUUUCACUCUUCACGGCGUAUACACUAUUGGACGCGCUUUCAGUUGCGAUGACUAAUGAUUUUGAUUCAAUUUACGGCGGAUUCUCUAAACUUUGGGCACUAAUGAUACCAAUGAUUGCGUGGCCACCGAUUGUUGGCCAACUGGUGGACACGUUCUCCACGACCGACAGUCCCAAUUACGCGCCGCCAAUCAUCGUAUUUGACGGUCUGGUCAUAAUCACGGCAUUCCUGGUGGUAAUGAUGCCCCUCUCGCCCAUUAAUAUGCUCUCUAAGUCAAUAUCGCAACAAUUGGGUAAAGGGGCGCCAAUUGUGCCCACAAACGAGUCAUACCCGCGACAGCACUCUAAAGGGUCGGCCAUAUGUCGGCUCCUCUUUCUAUUCCCGUUAAUACUAAUCCUGGGCUCCGAAUGGGGUUUAUUGGAGACGUUUUUGCAUCCGUUUUACGUGAAUAUGAAAACCAGCAAAUUGUGGAUCGGAUUGACAUUUACGGCUGCCUUCGGUGCGGCCGCGCCCUUCACUUUGAUCGCCAAAUCGUUAAUCAAUGGCGUCGGAAGAGUGAACCUAAUAAUACUGGCCUUUAUUUUCUACAGCCUUCGCUUCGGCGGCAUAUCUUUCCUUUUGUACCCAAAACUGCUUAUAAUUCCGUUUGAAAUGAUGGAAGCGUUCACUCUUCCGAUCGCAUGGAUUGGCAUUACAUCCUAUUGUCAUCAUCUCAUCAGAAGGAGUCCAAACGCAUCCACUUAUGCCACGGGAACGAUAUAUCAAAAGUAUUCCUCACAUAUUAUACUUCAGUAUACUUUAAAUUUGGUCCACUUUGGCGGCGGUCGAGCUCUGGGAGCGAUCAUCGGUGGAGUUUGGCUGUUGUCGUGGCCUCACUAUAACGAGUGGUGGUAUUGGCUCAACGAUCUGGACGUCGAUUACGCCGAAGGCUAUACAUAUUUAGAGGACGGCUUCCGUGUCUUAUUAAGAUUAACGGGCAUUAUAUCCGUUAUCACUGGCCUUAUAGUGGCGCUCAUAUAUCACUGCAUUUGCGCUCCGAUAUUGUGCUCCUCUAAGAAGAAGAAGUCAAAACCGCAACAACCAGUGAAAGACAACUCACCGGCGGUUGUAUUGAAUGGCAAUUAUUCGCGACUCUUAGAGUCACAGCAAACAGAAAACGUUCAAAUGAGACAAAACCAGAUUAAGAGCAACGGUUCCCAACAGACGAAGAAUAAUUGUGAGCCCAGAAUCAAAAUGGCUGACGAAGACAUCGAUGACGAAGAGAUUCUACUUAAUAAUAAAGUAUAACGCGUUUCGCUGAUUGACAUUACCAUUGAAUCUCA